AUGGAUGGUCCAGGACAGGAGAGUGCUGACAGCCUCAACAUCACAAAAGAUGAUGAGGAAGGGGAAGGAACGAUGAAUGGCCCAAAUGCUAAGCAACCCUCUUCUGAACCCAAGGACUCGCUGGACAACAAUGUGAGCCAACUGCUGGGCGCUACAAUAGCGGCCAUCAAUGUUAUGAAAGACCUUGUACCCAUCAACCUGGCGAAAGGUAUCCUAGGGAUGAUCGCAAAUAUCUUGAUUAUUGUGCAGUCAGUGAUCAAGAACAAGUCCGAUUUCCUAGCGAUAGUCGACAGGUGCGAGACUAUCAGGGAAAUCCUUGAGAGAGCCACCAAAGGUGCUACCGACAACAAUCUGCGAGGAUACCUGGGGCAUGCUUUAUCACAGCUUAACGUUGAAGUAGCCUCAAGAAAGGAACAAGGGUUUUGGAAGAAACUGUUUUUUGUUGCGAUAGAUCGCGACCAGAUUGCUGGAUGGGAAAAGGACUUGGAUCAUGUCCUCGUACUAUUCAGCACUGAAGCGAUUGCUGGCAUCGCGAUCAGAGUGGAGAAGCUAGCUCUGGGAUCACAGGACAAUGCUAAUGGGAUUGACGGCCUAAAUCAGUUGUCACCCAUAUAUGCCUCCAUCACGUCCUUCCAUGUUGUAUGGCUGUUAGGUACCAUGCCGACUCAGGAGGCAGAGGGGUCGGGGCUUGGCUUCAGCUCUUGCACUGUGCCCUUAGCCGAGACGAAUGGUCUGCUUUGGUCCACUUUUGAGGAUCAGGAAUUAGAAUGGAACAAGGCCCGAGAGGCUGCCAACCAGGCGCUGACGGGCAUCCCUGUUGGUGACAUACACCAAAUUAACACCGCUCUCAGUCAAGCCCAAAUUCGUGUCGACACCACUUACACUGCCCAUAUCGAGAGUCAGCUUACAAUCGAAGAGCAAUGGACCGUCGGAGGCGAUGAAUACAACAAGUUCAAGGGCAAGUGUCUCGUUGUCAUGCGACUAUUUGAGCUAUCGAAGUUCUCACUUUCAGGAAUGGGGUACAAAUUACAACAACAAAUCGGAAAGGUGCUACAGAGACGCUCAGAGGCAAUUCGGAAUGCCAUCAACAAGUAUAACGUGCAGGCUACUGCCCUCAAUCCUCCACGAGCACGCUUAUCGUGGAAGGAUAUAGCCGAUUACAGUUUCCUGGGGGAGUUCGAUGUUCUCCGACAUUCAUGCACUGACAUUCGUGAACUUGCCUGGGCCAAGCCCACGCAUCGCGAAUCCCUGGUCAAAUUCUUCAAGCUUUGUCGUGCACAUGAAGAGGUCGAACAUCUCAACAUUGAAGUUUGUCGUUUGUGGACUGCCAUUCAUGAUGAAGGCACGUGA